UGUUUGUCCUCCUGCCGUGUCCCGCCACUAGGGGGCAGACUGGUCGCUCACUGCUCAGUUCCAUUUAAAGAACUGCUUCCGGCCUCAGCCUUCCUCUUUUCCUCUGCAUCGGGUCGCAGCCAUGGUGAACGUCCCGAAGACCCGCAGGACCUACUGCAAGAAGUGCAAGAAGCACCAGCCCCACAAAGUUACCCAGUACAAGAAGGGAAAGGACUCCCUCUAUGCACAGGGUAAGAGGAGAUACACCAGGAAGCAGUCAGGGUAUGGUGGUCAAACAAAGCCCAUCUUCCACAAAAAGGCCAAGACUACAAAGAAAAUUGUGUUGAGGCUUGAGUGUUUGGAGGCCAACUGCAGAUCAAGAGAUGCUGGCCAUCAGAGAUGCAAACACUUCGAGUUGGGUGGUGACAAGAAGAGAAAGGGCCAGGUCAUCCAGUUCUAAGCUGUGGUCCAGACUUCCUGAGCUGUCAUUAUUUUCAAUAAAUGUCUCAGAACAUA